AUGCCGUCUGAUACUUCUAGUCUUUUCAAGGAACUAACACUCAAGGAUGCUGAGAAAGACUUGGCAGCGGAUUUGGAUUUGCUUGUUAAUACCAUACCAGAUUCAUCUCCAGAAAAAGAAGCGUUCAUAAACCAAAUGAUAUCUUUCAAAGAGUUGUUUAAGCAAUAUUUACAUGACAAAACGCAAAAGUUCGAUUGGAAUAUGAUGGAACCUGUUCCAUCUGAAAGCAUUAAAAUGUACGAUGCCCUUCAAGUUCCUACCGAUCGUGAAGUAAUCCGUCAACAGUUAAAUAAGUUAGUAGUAGUGAAACUAAAUGGUGGCUUGGGCACAACAAUGGGUUGUACUGGACCCAAAUCCUUAAUUUCUGUCCGGAGUAAUCUUACUUUUCUUGAUCUGACUGUACAACAAAUCGAGAGACUAAACAAUGAAUACGGAACUAAUAUUCCCUUGGUUUUGAUGAAUUCCUUCAAUACACAUAGUGAAACUGAAAAGGUUUUACGCAAAUACCAGCAAGUUAAUGUUCAAAUUUUGACGUUUUUACAGAGCUGCUAUCCUCGUCUGAAUCGUGAGUCAUUACUUCCUAUUGCUAAAUGUGCUGGUCAGGAAAGUCAUGAUUCUGGAACAAAGACUUCUAAAGAUAUGAACUAUAAUCCUGAAGAAUGGUAUCCUCCUGGACAUGGUGACUUCUAUCGUAGUUUUGUUGCUUGUGGAUUAGCAGAGAAAAUGAUAGCUAUUGGUAAACAAUGGGUUUUCUUGUCUAAUAUUGAUAAUCUUGGAGCAACUGUUGAUCUAAAUAUUCUAAAUUUUUUAAUGAAUAAAGAAUCUCAUUAUGAUAAACAAUCACCAGAGUUUGUUAUGGAAGUAACUGAUAAAACACGAGCUGAUGUUAAAGGUGGUACAUUAACACAAUAUCGUGGACAUUUGAGACUUUUAGAAUUAGCUCAGGUCCCUGAAGAACAUGUGGAUGAUUUUGCUAGUGUACGAACAUUUAAAAUAUUUAAUACUAAUAAUCUUUGGAUUGAUUUACAAGCUUUACAUCGUAGUGUUAAACAAAAAACUUUACAAAUGGAAAUUAUAGUCAAUCCUAAAACUUUAGAUUCUGGUACAAAUAUAUUACAAUUAGAAGAGGCUGCAGGAGCUGCUAUCAAGUCAUUUAAUGGUGCUUUUGGUGUUAAUGUUCCACGAAGUCGUUUCUUACCAGUUAAAACUACUUCAGAUUUAUUAUUAGUAAUGUCUAAUUUGUAUGUAUUAGAUGGUGGAAGUUUAUCAUUGUCUCCAUUAAGAAGUUUUCCAUCUGUGCCUUUAGUAAAACUUGGUAAUCAUUUUAAAAAAGUUAAAGAUUUCUUAAGUCGAUUUACAAGUAUACCAGAUCUAUUGGAAUUGGAUCAUUUAACUGUAUCAGGAGAUGUAUACUUUGGAAAAGGAGUAGUUUUAAAGGGUACAGUGAUUAUAGUUUCUAAUUUUGGUAAUCUUAUCAAUAUACCACCAGGUUCAAUAUUAGAAAAUAAAAUUGUUUCAGGAAAUCUACGCAUUUUAGAUCAUUAA